GAACAAAGAGAUUUUUCUGCCUUUAAUUAAAAGGAAUAUUAAUUCCCUGCUCCUUUGUCGAGCGACUUGAAGACACUCUGCAACCAUCCGUCUGCUCGGCGCCGCGGUGGGGUGAGCUCUGCCGUGUACAGGGCAUGGAGAAAUGGGGGAACCAGCCCGAAAUCCCACGGCAAACACGGAGCAGCAGCCGGGGAGGAUGCUGACAGCCACGGUCCUCGGGUGAGGAGCCCCAUGGAGCUGAGCUGCCGCCUGGGGUGGGCUCUUGGAUCCUCGGAGCUUUGUGAGGCAGGUCCCCGUGCUGAGAGUUUCCACACAGGGAGAGAUUGCGUGGUUGGGGAGAUAACGCGGAGACUCCGGCCGCCGCCAUGCCCGACUCGCCGGCCGACGUGAAGACGCAGGCCCGCUCCACGCCGCCCAGCAUGCCCCCGCCGCCGCCCGCCGCCUCGCAGGGAGCCACGCGCCACCCCUCCUUCACGCCCAGCACCAAUCGAGACGCUGGCCCUCCGACGUUUCUGCCUCGCGGCCGUUUUCAUGGUUGCUUGAAAUGGUCGAUGGUCUGUCUUUUGAUGAACGGGAGCAGCCACUCGCCAACCGCCAUCAACGGGGCUCCGUCCACCCCCAACGGGUUCAGCAACGGGCCGGCCACCUCUUCCAGCGCCUCCCUGUCCACCCACCAGCUCCCUCCGGCCUGUGGGGCCCGCCAGCUCUCCAAGCUCAAGCGCUUCCUCACCACCCUGCAGCAGUUCGGGAACGACAUCUCCCCCGAGAUCGGGGAGCGGGUGCGCACCCUCGUCCUGGGGCUCGUGAACUCCACCCUCACCAUCGAGGAGUUUCACGCCAAGCUCCAAGAGGCCACCAACUUCCCGCUGCGACCCUUCGUCAUCCCCUUCCUCAAGGCCAACCUGCCGCUGCUGCAGCGGGAGCUGCUGCACUGCGCCCGCAUGGCCAAGCAGACCCCGGCCCAGUACCUGGCCCAGCACGAGCAGCUGCUGCUGGACGCCAACGCCUCCUCUCCCAUCGACUCCUCCGAGCUGCUCCUGGAGGUGGGCGAGAGCGGCAAGAGGAGGACGCCAGACAGGACCAAAGAGAACGGUUUGGACCGAGACCCCCUGCACCCCGAGCACCUCAGCAAGCGGCCGUGCACCAUGAGCCCAGCGCAGCGCUACAGCCCCAGCAACGGGCUGAGCCACCCCCCGAACGGGCUGGGGCACCCCCCCGCCGGCCCCCCCCUGCCCCAGCACUACCGCCUGGAGGACAUGGCCAUGGCACACCACUACCGGGACGCCUACCGGCACCCCGACCCCCGGGAGCUCCGCGAGCGCCAGCGGCCCGCCGCCGUGCACGGGACGCGGCAGGAGGAGGUGAUCGACCACCGGCUCACGGACCGGGAGUGGGCGGAGGAGUGGAAACACCUCAACAACCUGCUGAACUGCAUCAUGGACAUGGUGGAGAAGACGCGGCGGUCGCUGACGGUGCUGCGGCGGUGCCAGGAGGCCGAUCGCGAGGAGCUCAACCACUGGAUCCGGCGCUACAGCGACGCCGAGGACAUGAAGAAAGGCAGCCCACCCUCCGCACGCCCCCACAACUCCUCCUCCGCCGCCACCGAGGCUCCCCAGUUAGACGCUCACCGGGACUUCGCGCCGCGGCCGCUCUCCGGGUACAUGCCCGAGGAGAUCUGGAGGAAGGCUGAAGAAGCCGUGAACGAGGUGAAGCGCCAGGCCAUGUCCGAGCUGCAGAAGGCCGUGUCGGACGCCGAGAGGAAAGCCCACGAGCUGAUCACGACGGAGCGCGCCAAGAUGGAGCGGGCCCUGGCCGAGGCCAAGCGCCAGGCGUCCGAGGAUGCCCUCACCGUCAUCAAUCAGCAGGAGGACUCGAGCGAGAGCUGCUGGAACUGCGGGCGGAAGGCGAGCGAGACGUGCAGCGGCUGCAACACCGCGCGCUACUGCGGCUCCUUCUGCCAGCACAAGGAUUGGGAGAAGCACCACCACGUCUGCGGGCAGACUCUGCAGGGGCUGCCGGGCCCCGCCGCCCCCGGGCCGGGCCAGCCCGACGGGGUGCCCGCCAUGGCCAGCAGCCCCAGCGAGGCGGGCUCGGUGGCCGCGUCCCGCGCCGGCACUCCGGCCACGCCGGCGCCGCUGGACAGCGCGUCCCGCUGAGCCACCCUCGGGCUGCCGGAGCCACGGACUGCACCCCGUGCAAUUUCCUCAGCUACCUGACUCGUGUGACCUCCGAAACGACCUCUCUAGCUCUCACAACUAAUCCUCACGGAUCCUCAAACUGGGCUUUAAGUGGAGUUAAGGCAAAUACCGGUCUCUGUUCUUUCUUCAGUCUUUGUUUUGGCUUUUUUUCGGUUGGUUUUCUAUCGGUUGGGGGAUUGUGGUUUGGGAUUUUUUGGGCUUUUUGGCUGUUUUUUUUUUUUUUUUUUUUGCUCUUUGGAUGAGGGAUUUGGCUCCAGCAUCACCACGCAGUGCUGUGGGGAGAGACCAGCCCGAUCCCAUCCCCCAUCAGUGCUGCCGAGGGGCUCACUUGGAGGAGGACAGAACCUUCUUUUCUUCAGCUCUCUCUUCCUAUUUUUUUUUUCUUUUUACCUUUUUUUUUUUUUUUUGUAAAAAAAUAAAGAAAAUAAAAAAGAAAACGUCGGACUCUUUGGCUUUAAGUAAGAAAUUGUAAAAAAGAAAAAAAAAAAAAAGAAAAAAAAAAAGGAAAAAUCCAAAAACCAGACGACGCGUGACGGACGCUCACCUGUAACUACCUUGCUAGCUAGCCAAGAACAGACCAGACUCACCUCUGCUCCAAAGGAAAUCCAAAACCAAGGAAGAUCCAAACGUCUCUCCACUGCCAAAGUUCGUUUCGUUCUGUUGUCGCUUCCUUCCCCUCCCCACAAGGAUGGAUGGACAUGCCCCUGGGGCUUUAAAGAAUUUCUAUUAAAAUAAAGCAAAAAAAAAAAAAAAAAAAAGGUGUUUUUUUACUAAAACCCCAACCCCCAAGGUGUGGGAGGGGGAGAUGGGGCUGAGAACCGCAGCCGGAGCCGGCACAUCUCUACCUCUGCCCGCCACCGCCCUGGGAAAGGAGAACAAAAAGGAGAUUUAAAGAAAAAAAAAAAAAAAUUUUAAAAAAAAAAAGGAAAUUAAAAGACGGAUUUUGGGUUUCUCCCUCACCGAAGCUGUCGGGGGACCCCCCAUCCCUUCACUGCCAGGCUGCUCCCACACCCCGCGCUGGAUUUGUUUCACAAGGAUUUUUAAGAGGAAAAGGAAAAGGAAAGGAAAAGGAACGCUGCCGCCUUCCUGGCCAAGGACAAUGUGGAUUAUUUGGGAUUCUUGCCUCGCUGGAGCGGCACGGAGGACGGAAGUGCAAUAGGGAAAGUCCGAGCUCCGAGCGGAGGCAGCAGUGCUGUGCGCUAAUGUGAAUGUAAAUAGUGUCUGCAGAGGUCCAAAAAUGAAUAAUAAUAAUAAUAAUGCUAGUGAUAAUAAUAAGAGACGUUUGCCAAAUAAAGGAUGAGGAGGAAGCGUGGAGCCGUGGCGCUGGCCGGAGCGAGGCCUGGCAUCGAGAGGAGCUGUAGUUUUUCCGCAUUUGCAAAACCCAUCCUGUGUGUUUUCCGUAGGGGAGGAAGAGGAGGGAAGGGCUCGGGCCGGGGUGGGGGGGGUUGUGCUGCCGGUCACAGGGCUGGGCUGAGCCACAGCAGAGCUUGGCACACGCCAAGGGUGAUGUCAGUGGCCCUGUGCCGCCGGCACCCGGCCCUGCUGGGGGUUCUGUGCACCCCAAAGCCUUGGUGCAUCCCCGGGGAGGGUUCUGCGCACCCCAAAAUCUUGGUGCAUCACCCUGGAUGAGUUCUGUGCACCCUAAGACCCUGGCGGGGGGGGGGUUUCUGUGCACCCUGAGAUCUCUCUGAAUCCUCCCAGGCUUGUUCUUCUGAGGUCUCGGUGCAUCCCCCCCCCACCCACGAGGUUUCUCUGCACCCCAAGACCUUGGGGCAUCCUCCUGGGAAGGUUCUGUGCACCCCAAGGUCUUGGUGCGUCCCCCCAGGGUUUCCCUGUGCACCCCAAGGUCUUGGCCCAACCCCGGGGACGUCUCUGUGCCCCCCAAGACCUCGGUGCACCCCCUGGGUGGUUUCUGUGCCCCCCCCCCCAAACCCUGGGAGCUUCGCCGGGUGCCCCUCCCGUGACUGUUCACUUUAUUUAUGGUGUGACAUAUGUAAUAUUGUCUAUUUUUCUUACGUUUCCUGAGAAGAGGUAAUAUAUAAGAGUAUUGCAGAUGCCCCUGCUGGCCCGGGUGUCCGGCCCGUCCCCGCCGUGUCCCCGCCGUGUCCCCGCCUGUCCCCGCCUGCCCCCGGCCCCGCUCCUGCCGGGGCUCUGCCUCUCUACCUCCACCUCGCCGGGAAACCGCGGGCGAGAGCACUUCCACAGGGACUGCUCUCCUUUCCACUCCACUCCCUGCUGGUUUGCUUUUUUCUUUUUUUUUUUUGAGUUACUAUGAUUUCUUUUUUUUAAAAUUUUAAUUAAGAAUAAAACUACCCUACAGAACCUUGCAUUGAAACCAAAAGCCGAGGGAGGGGAGGGGGGAGACGGCGGUGACGGGCGGCCAAACCAGAACGACAGCUUUAAAUGCGAGAUUUCCCAAAAAAAAAAAAAAAAAAAUUAAAAAAAAAAAAAAAAAAAGUGCUGCGGGGAGGACGGAGCGGCCGCGGGGGCUGCAGUGAUGCUGUGCUGGUACCCUGGGGGCUUCCACCAUUCCGAAAUGGUGGUGUUGGGGGGCGAGGGACGCGUGCCACGUGCUGUGCCCCUUUGGUGGCACCGUGGAGAUGGCAGCGGAUGAGCAGCGUGGUGCUGGCACAGCCUGGCCGCAGCCUGGGGACGCACCAGGCGCCCGUGGCUGCUCACAGCUCCCGGGUUUCCUGCUCCCAUCACGGCUGGGGACACCGCGGACGGCGCUGGGGACACGGGGACAGCGUGCCCCAGGUCCCCGGGGCGCUGGGUGCUGGUGUGCCACCAAGCUGGGGAGGUGGCAGGAGGGACGUGGCUCUCUGGUGCCACCCACGGCACCAGGGUCCCCUCUCCAGCCCCUUCCUCACGUUCCCAACCCAAAAUCCCAGCUGAAACCAAAGUGCCACGUCCCGGCGAGGCUGGAGCGGGGGUCCCACACCUGCCUGGCUUUUGCUCCGUCACUGCCAGAGCCCCCCGAACUCCCCCUGCAGCAUCUCCUCCUCCUCCUCCUCCUCCUCCUCCUCCUCCUCCUCCUCCGGGGGCUGCUGGGGUCCCCCUCUGGAUCCCAGCGGCUCUGAGGCUGGGGACAAGAUGCCACUGUGUUCCCAGGUCCCAGGCACUGUGAUGGGGUGUCCCCCCUGCCGUGGCAGCCCUGGGGGCUCCUCUGGUGUCACCGAAGGCCCCGGGAGGGAGGUCGUGCCAGUGUCCCCCCCUCCCUCCCGGCUGCGGCAGCAGCGCUUCCCCGGCCCCGUGCGGGGCUGAGCCCUGCCCUUGCUGCCCUGGGAUGGGGACACCGGGGCACGGGGGGCCCUGAGGGGCUGGAAACCAGAGCCCCCCGCCGGGGCCGGGCGUGGGGAGCGGGGCCAGCCCAGAGAGAUGACGUGGUAGGACUUUCCUUCGGCAUGCUGUCCCCCCCCUUGCUGUUCCCCGCUUUCUCUAAGUGUACUGUAUGUUUGACCUGUGAAAGAUGUAAACUUUAUGAUUCAGGUUAUGUCUGUUCUUAACUCUGUAUCUGUGUAAUAAAGACAAUUUAAUAUCAA